AUGGACAUCGAGGUUCGGUCCGACUUGGAUCCAUGGAAAGGAGCAAGCCACUCAGAGAGUGAGUUGCGUCCCUUGCAACGACGACUGACAGGGCGGAAUGCCACGACGGGCGUUGGCUGGGAAGAAUCAGAGAUCGAGCAUUCAACAAUCAAACUAACGAAAUUUACUUUUAACCUUGGCGUAUGGGUACAUUCCUUGAUGCCUAGGGAGCAUACGCCUCCCAGACCAGGUCUUGAGAGAAAGCCACAGAGAGUCAAGUCAAGGACCAUGAGACACUCGAAGCCCGGUCGCAAAGCUGCUCGGAGAGUAUUCAACUUUGUCCUUUGA